AUGACCGCACCACUUCCACCCGUCUCGGCUGAACGGACUCGCUUACUCGCUGAGAUCGAGCGGUUGCAACGCCAACUCAGGCAGCUCGAGCUUGAUGAACGUGGGCGUGAUGCGGUGGCUCAGAAUACGUCGGCACAAGCUGAGAGUUUUAUGGGCGCUGCUUCGUCGGUCGCUUCGACUAGUCAAGCUCGGAAUGGGAAGGAGGACCCGAUCAAGCCCAAGAGGAGGGUCAAGACCGUUCCCGACCUCAACGGUCCUCUGCCCCCGUCGCUCGCUCGAGCACCCAAGCGACACAUCGCUCUCAUGAUCACGUGAGUGGUCGAACCUAGUACCUGGAAAUACCUUCACCCGACUCAAACCUCCCCGUCUGCCAACAGAUACGAAGGUUGGGCACAUUCCGGUCUGGCGUACCAACCUCCGUCCUGUCCGACCACGCGACCGACCGUUGAAGGCGUCCUACUCGAUGCUCUCGUCAGGGCCCGACUCAUCGAACCUAUCGUCAACACCGAUGGAUUUGGAUGCGCGUUCGAGCGCUGCGGUAGGACGGAUGCCGGCGUCAGUUCGUCAGGCCAGGUUGUCAACCUUUGGGUCCGCAGCGAUCUUGCCGACCCCAUGAACACGGGCAUCGUGAAUGACUCCGAGAGCGACAACGAUUCGGUCACAUCUUCAUCCUCUGCUCCACCGAGCAAGAACGGUGCAGCAGCCAAAGGCAAAAAUGUCGCUUCGGUGGAACUUCCCUACGUUUCAUUGCUCAAUCGUCACCUCCCCGACUCGAUCAGAGUACUCGCUUGGUCCCCCGUCUCGGCGACGUUUUCCUCCCGCUUCUCCUGCCUGUGGCGUCACUACAAGUACUUCUUCUCCAGCUCUGUUACGGCUCCAAUACUGCGCGGUCAGUUCGAUUUCGGCGCCGCGUAUUCUCAACUCGAACCGACAGGAACCGAAUCUCUAGACUGGCAAAAGCGCCUCGCCGCGAUCGAUUGGAAAGGGCUAGAACUCGACGUCCACGCGAUGCGAGAUGCGGCCGGUCGAUUGGUAGGUGAACACGACUUUCGGAAUAUGUGUCGAGUCGACCCUCCGAAACAGCUCGUUUCGCAUGUGCGCAAGGUCGUUUCGGCGACGAUUGAUCAGGUUCGGGGUGAGGGAGAGGAUAUGUUCGUUCUUAACCUCAGGGGGAGCGCGUUCGUGAGUGCUGUGUUCCUUGCUUUGUAUGCCUGCACAAACUUUGCUGGACGUUUUGCCGCCAUGUUCAUGCUUACAGUUGUACAAUCAAGUUCGAUCCAUCAUCGCGCUCUUGUUCCUCGUCGGGGCACGGCUCGAACACCCCUCCAUCAUCGAACGUCUGUUAUGGACCUCGGAUCGCACAGCAACAACCGAAGCGAUGCACCCAUUGGAACCUGGUACACAACGUGACGUCGUUGAUGGUAAACCAGGCUAUGAGAUUGGCGACGACUUGCCCUUGAUCCUCUGGCAAGCAGGCUACAACGAGUCCGAAUUCGAUUGGAGGAUCGAUCCUGGACCUCCUCAAGGACCCAUCACCAGUCCCGAUGAGAUUCGCAAAACUUCGACACCCACGAUUGAGCUAUUUAGAGCGCAGUACGGGAAGAUGAAUCAGGCGUAUACGGAACAGAGGCUCAAGGCGAUCGUGCUUAAGCAUCAUUUGGCUGCGUUCGCUUUUCAUACGCCGGCUACACCUCGAACGAUCGACCCGAAGGAGACGAAGCAUCACAAUUUUACGUAUACGCCUUUGGGGAUGGGAAGGGCUAGUAAGACGUCGACUUAUACGCCUUUGUUGAGGAGGCAGAGGGCGGACUUGCCCGAGAUUCAGAACGCGAAAUGGGCGAAUGGGAGGGGAAAGGAGAAGGUGAUCAAGAGGAGAAAGAAUCAGGAGGCGUCGAAUCGCGCGAGGGCGGUCAAUCUAGAAAAGAAAAGGAUUGCGCUUGAGGAGAGCGAGAGGGAUCAGGCGAUCAAGAUUGGGAACACAUCAGAAUGA